CUCUUCGCAGGCCAUCAUCAUGCAUGAAUACAUAGUUCCGGACCUUGCCGGCUGGUGGUACAUGUCCAACGAGCGUCGAGAACGGAAGGCAGGUGUAAUUUUAGAACGAUUUGCCCAGAGUCGGUCUUUGGCUGGGGAUUCUGCGGAUCAUUUGAUUUGACAAGCGAAUUUCUUUGAAGAUAAGGAACCACAGAGUUACUCACAAGUCUCUUUCGGGUCACAAAUAAAUCGAAUCAGCAAGUGGACCUAAACAAAGAUUGUCUCAGUUCAAGAAAGGCUUUGAGGUGCCAUUUGAAGUUCAGCUGAUUGUAUUGCUGAAUCUUAUAAAGCUCAAAACUUUUUCCCUCAAUUCACUUGAUCCUUGUCACUUUUAUGUUGAUCUUGAUGACGAAUUAUGAUCUCGAAUGCUCAACUCAGUCAUGAUAACGUUCUAGAUAAAGAAAUCAGAAAUACAAAUCCCUUUGUCAACGUUCGGCCUCAUGAUGGAUAUGACCAACGAUUACCCCCUUCAUUGCGAAAAUUACUUAACCCAGUUUCACCUCUCUCUGUAACAACUUCAAAACCCCUUCUGUCAUCAAUAUCUCCUCGCCAUCCUCCCCCUCUUGAUCCGAAAUCAUACUUGGAUCAUUUUCAAGUGAUCAAUGCUGUUCAUGAUAGCGAGCUAGACAAGGAAUCAGAUUUAACACCCGAUUCCAGUGAUAAGGGGGAAAAUGAUUUCGAUAUACGCUUCACUUCCAGCUCUAACCUCACGUCUCCACCCUGGAGCAACCCUGCACGAUCUUCAAAAGCUUCUUCCUCUGGUACGUCGAUCUUUGCAGCUCGCGACGCUCCAAAAAUGACAUGCAGGGCAAGACACCAGUUGAAAAACAACGAAAUAGAUGUCUUACUUGCGGAAGUUCUUUCUCUACGUUUGCUAAUCUCACGAGACACGAAAAGAGAUGCUUCGGACAUCUUUCUCAAUAGACGGCGUCGUUGGCAUGCUUUGGUUUUCUUCUACGUAACAUACCAGCCAAGGCAAGAUACUAGUGUUGAAAAAUGUGAUCAAUUGAUUGGUGGCAUUUGACUUGAGUCGGUCAAAGAACCAUUGAAUUCCAUGGAUCGGAGUAUAUAUAUAGAGGUACAGAGCCACAGUAGUUUUUUCUCUCUCUGUUCUGGAUUGUCAGUAGUAUUAUAGCGAUGUAGAGUGAAUAUGUGCCUCAAGAUACCUGACUGGUUCCUGUAGAGGCUGCAUUGCUGGGAGAUUUACGGAGAUUUACGUUUACUUUUGUUUAUGGUGGGUGAAAAGAUACAAAACCAUGUCCUCAGGUUGAUCUUUAGGGUGGAAUUGCUUGUCAAAGGGACAAAAAAAUAGGGAACGUCAAAGUAUCUCAUACUCAACUGUUAUUUAUAAGUUAUUUGUUCUUUUUAGACGUGGUUAGAUUUGUUUUCAUGUUUUGUAUGUUGUCCUCCAUCACUAAGGAAGAGUGUGAACGGUGUCAAAUGAGUAAAAUGUUUUGGAUUUCAUAUCACUUGAUGACUUCCUGGAAAGAUGCCAAUGUACUCUCUCCAUGGCCAUC